GGAGAAAUUUUGCAUACAGAGAUCCUCAGUGAGAUAGCUGAGGGCUUCUGAACUCAGCAUGGGACAAAUAUUCCUUUGGGGAGGUUUAUCCAUCUUGCUGUUUCUUCACAGUAGUUUUGCUUUCAAAUUGGUUUGCUAUUUCACCAACUGGGCUCAGUACAGACCAGACAAUGGGCGGUUCCUUCCGAGCGACAUUGACCCCAGUGUAUGCACUCAUCUCAUUUAUGCAUUUGUGGGAAUGAAUGAAAACAGGAUCACAACCCUGGAAUGGAAUGAUGAGACGCUCUACCAGGAUUUCAAUAAUCUCAAAAAGAAGAAUCCAGGAUUGAAGACACUGUUAGCUAUUGGUGGAUGGACAUUUGGUAGUGCAAAGUUUUCAGCCAUGGUGGCCACUCCUACCAAUCGUCAGACAUUUAUUCAAUCAGUGGUUUCUUUCCUAAGGAAGUAUGAUUUUAAUGGCCUAGACCUAGACUGGGAAUAUCCUGGUGCCAGAGGCAGCCCUGCAGAGGAUAAAAUGCGCUUCACUUCAUUAGUUCAGGAAAUGAAGAAUGAAUUCCAGUCAGAAGCCCAACGGACAGGCAAAGAAAAGCUGUUGUUGACUGCUGCUGUAGCAGCUGGGAAGCAAACCACCGAUAGUGGCUAUGAAGUUGACAAAAUCUCACAGUCUCUGGAUUUCAUUAACCUCAUGACAUAUGACUUUCAUGGAUCUUGGGAACGGUUCACAGGACAUGUCAGCCCUCUGUACCCUGACACUGAUGAUGCUGUGAAAUACUGGAAAAGCAAGGGAGCACCAGCAGAGAAGAUUAUUCUGGGAAUUCCUCUCUAUGGACGAAGUUUCACUCUUUCUUCCUCACAAACUGGAGUUAAUGCACCAGCCUCAGGGCCUGGGACAGCUGGAACUUACACAAGAGAGGCUGGUUUCUUGUCUUAUUAUGAGAUUUGUACCUUUAAAGCAGGAGCCACCACAAAAGUGAUUGAACAACAGAAGGUUCCAUACUCUUUCAAAGGAAACCAGUGGAUAGGGUAUGAUGAUGAGAACAGCCUUAAAACUAAGGUUGCAUAUUUGAAGCAAAACAAUCUGGGAGGUGGCAUGGUUUGGGCCAUGGAUCUUGACGACUUCAGUGGUUCUUUUUGCAAUCAGGGAAAAUUUCCACUUCUUCAGACUCUUAGAAGAGAAUUGGGCCUCAAAGAUCUGCCUCCAAAUCCCAAACCUCCAACUUCAGGUGAAAAUUCAAGACCAGAUCCACCAAAACCUGUUCAGCCUAUAGCAGAGAACUUUUGUCUUGACAAGGAUGAUGGAAUCUAUGCUGACCUACAAGAUAGCACAAAGUAUUAUAUGUGUGCCAAUAAGAGAGCUUUCAAUAUGCCUUGCCCACCAGGGCUAACUUUUCAAAGUCAGUGCAAAUGUUGCAAUCAUCCUCAGUGAAAUGUGCCUCAUACAGAUUAACUCUGAAGAUGGAUACACUGCAUUUAAAUCAGCACUAACUAGCAUUUUGUAUACCUAUAAUCAGAGCUAACAAGGAUUUUGUAAUCUCUGUAUUAUACUAUCCACCUCUUCAGUUUGUUCACUUUUCUCUACUUCUUAUCUAAUGAAGUGAAAAUUGAUACUAAAGGUGAGAAUGAUGCAGUCCUAAGAUGUUAUUGCACUGCAUUUCCCAACAGCCAAAACCAGCCACACCAAUGGUGAGGUAGGCUGAGAGCUGUGGUCCAAGAAGAUCUGUAGGAUCUCGUGAUUCCCACACCGCCAUAUACCAAAUCACAAGUACAAGCAACCCAAAUAUUAGCACUUCUUUGUGGUUUUCUUAGAACAAUAUAUAUUGUUAUAUAUUCUUUGUUCUUGCUUUUUGUUUUGUGAAAAAUAAUCAUGAAUACAUUUUUCU